AUGAAUAUCCCAGAUUCUCUAAAAUACUAUUUUAGUUUAUAUUGUUGUGAUUACGGUGGAACAAAUGAUUUAUUUAUAAAAGUUAAUGGUAACAGAUUUAAAAUAAUAAGGUUGUUGGCUGAAGGUGAUCUAACAUUCGUAUAUCUAUUGAAAUCCGUCGAGGAGACACUUUAUAGGAAUGGAAAUUAUUUUGCCCUAAAAAAAAUUACGUGUCCCUUUGGUGACAUUGAGAGUGUAUCUAAUGCACUCCAAGAAAUUGAUUGUUAUAAGAUAUUUCAAAACCCCCAUAUCGUUUCAUGCGUUGAUUCACAAAUUAUACAGGGGAAAGACGGUUCCAAAACGAUUUACAUUUUAUUACCUUAUUUUAAGUAUGGUUCAAUCCAAGAGACGAUUAAUAGGAACUUAUUAGAUGGUACUUAUAUUUCAGAACAAGAAUGUAUACGGUUAACUAUUGAUAUAUGUACGGGGUUAAUUUGUCUUCAUGAUCCCAAGAAAAGACCAUAUGAGGAUAUUGAAAGUAACUUUAAUUCAUCCACUGCGUUAAACACAACCGAAGAAACUGAGGGCCUUUUGACAGAUACACCAUUAGAUGCUUCCACUAUAUAUUCGCAUCGUGAUCAUGCGAUUUCAUAUUCGCACAAGAACCUUAAACCAUCUAAUAUUCUCAUUGCAGAUGAUCAUACACCAGUUAUUGGCGAUCUGAGUUCAUGUUCUAAGGCUACAGUCACUUUUGAUUCCGAAACUCAAUUAGAGACACUUAAGGAGUGGGUAUCAAGAAACUGCCAAAUAGAAUAUGCUGCCCCUGAGUUAUUGAAUCCUAAAAUGAACACCACAAUCGGCACAAAAGUUGACGUUUGGUCACUAGGGUGUACUUUAUAUAGUUUGAUGUUUGGCAUAUCACCAUUCGAGAGAGAAGAACAAAUAAACGGUACACCUAAACGGGCAGCGAUUCAAAAGGGACUAUUCUCUUUCCCACAACAAAGCAGAUACACGCAAGGUUUACUCGAGAUUGUUAAUCGAUGUAUUACAGUUGAUCCUGCAUCGAGAUAUUCUGCUAGGGAGUUACUAGAGCAGUUAACAAUAUUACAAGUGAGUAAAUAA